AUGCCCAACAGAGGAGCCUUUGCUGAAAACCCACAGCUUGAAAAGGUGGAGUUCAUAAACAGUAACAUAUCAUCCAUCGAGCUGGGAGCGUUCGAGGGACUGAAAAACCUGAAAAAUAUUGAGGUCUCCGGCAGCGAAUUAACUUCACUCCCAGUAGGUGUCUUUAACGACCUCAGCAACAUGGAGGAACUCGUACUCAAGUCUAACAAGCUUCAAAGACUUGAUAAAGGUUUGUUUGAAGGCCUUAAAAAAUUAAGACAUCUCCUGUUACAUUUGAAUGAGAUUAAGUUGAUUGAAGAGGAGACAUUUGACGGUCUUGACAACCUUUUAAUGCUCCAUUUGGGUAAAAACAAUCUCUCUGCUGUGUCAACUCACUGGUUCUCCAACCUAAACAAACUGGAGACAUUCCGACUUUAUGAGAAUCAGCUGACCACCAUUCCUGAAGACUUAUUUCAGAAUUUACCAAACCUUAAGGAAAUUGGCUUGCAUGGAAACCAGAUAGAAGAAUUACCUCCCAGUCUGUUUCCUCAUAAAAACAAACUGACUAAACUGUUUUUGGACAAUAAUCUCCUAACUACGUUUCCUGAGGGGUAUUUUGUUGGCUUCCCUCAGCUUAAAACACUGACAUUGAAGAAUAACAGGCUGAAAAGUUUGCCACCAGUGCUGUUUGGAGAAAUGCCCAAAUUGACUGAAUUAAGCCUCCAGCAAAACAAUCUCUCCAGUCUCCCUAAAGAAAUUUUUAGGCCUCUGAAGAAAAUCAGGAAGCUGGACCUGUCGAAGAAUAAAUUCAUCACCUUGUUCCCUGAAUACUUUGAAGGCCCAGAAAAGCUCACAGAACUGAAUCUACAGAACAACAUGAUAGAGUCGCUGAAUGAAGAUCUGUUUGAAAAGCUACAAUCACUAGCCACUCUCAAGCUUGCUCACAACAACCUCCAGACACUUCCUGGAGAUAUUUUUGAGCCAUUAGGAAAACUUAGGAAGCUUGACCUCAGUAACAACCCUUGGCUCUGCGACUGUAAUCUGAAAAACUUUCACAGCUGGAUAACUGGAAAUGCUGCAAAGCUCACGCCUCCUCCACUCUGUGAGUAUCCAGAAGAUUUGAAAGGGAUGGAAAUACACUCAUUAACAGAGGAUCAACUUAUUUGCCCAACAACUACACCCACGACCACCCCAACCACAACUACACCCACGACCACCCCAACCACAACUACACCAACAACUACACCCACAACUACACCAACUACUACACCCACGACAUGCUGCAAAGCUCACGCCUCCUCCACUCUGUGAGUAUCCAGAAGAUUUGAAAGGGACGGAAAUACACUCAUUAACAGAGGAUCAACUUAUUUGCCCAACACUUCUACCUAUAAGUAUUCCAACCAUUACUGCACCUACAACAACCCAGUAUAGAAAAAAUCUAAAAGAGAUGGAAAUACACUAACCCACAACAACUUGUGAGGAAUUGGGGUGUUAUUUUUCAUUUAUAUUCAUUUUUUAUCAGUUCAUUUUACUAUUUCCAGUUUCAUUAUUUUGUUAUUGCUAUUGCACCAUAAUCAAGUAACAAGCAUGUGCAUUGAUGCAUUUAUUGGUAUUACCUUAAAGUUUGCAUUAAUUUCAGGUUAACUUUUAUUUACUUUAUUUACUUUAUUUACAGGUGCCGGUAUAAUUAAAUGAGGAUUUGUCAUUGUAAGUGCACCUAUGAUUAGUCUACACAUAUUGCAUUUUUGUGUCUUUAAAGGAGUUGUGACUCAAGAAGUCGUCUCUUGAGGGUUACAAGCUUUUGGUUAGCGCUAUGAUUAGCCACUCUACUGUGAGGAUGACAUGAGUUAUUGAAGGAUUGCACACGCUUACAAUACAUUUGUAUUCUGUUCUUUUAUUAUUUUUAUCUAUGUAUACCUUUUAUUAAGUUCUAAGUAGUGGUAUUAGAUUGAAACAUUGGUUUAAUACAUUUUUAUACAUUUUACAUACAAGUUAAGAUCAUCAUACACAGGAGGGCCUCAGCCUGGUUGCAUAAGCAGAGAGGUCAAAUAAGGUGCAAGGCGAGAGGAACACAUGCACAGACAUACACGCACCCACAUGCACACAGAGAUAGUAGUGAGUUUAUUUUUGUAGGUGAAAGUUUAAGCAUGUUUUGCUAGGGUUGCAGUUUUUCUGUGGGUGUAUGUGAUGGUUUGAUGAAAGUACAGGAUGUCUAACAGGUAUGUUGGGGCGGUGGUUGCGGGCACUGCACCUGGAGGAAGAUGGAAGCUAAUGUUCUUUUAAAAUGGGUCAAAAAGUUAACCGGGGGUCUGUCGUUUUGAUUUGACGUAUGCAAGUAUUGUAUCUGCUUAAUGCAUGGAGGGGUGAUGUAUUGACCCGACCCUAUAAAAACCUUUGGUUUGUUCAUUGUCAGAAAGAUACACCUUUGAUGUUCUGCAGGGUGUGACUCCCACACGUGUGCUUUUCAUUAAAAUCAUCGCUUGAAUUCA